AUGACCAAGCCGAGGGUGAAAAAGUUCGAAGACCCGAACCUGUGGAUAUACGAACACGUGCUGAAAAAUGGAGUGAAGACAGAGAGCGGGCGAAUCAUGAAGGAUGGGAUAAAAAAAAUGGCAGCGCACAAGUUGAAAGAAAUUAUCGAGGCGUCCAAGCAGUACGACAAAGAACUGAAGGAAAUAAAUUACAAAACCGAUGCUUGUCUUGGCCUUCCACAUAGGGCCCCCAAAAUAGAUGUGAAUACGUUACCCUUCAGUCCGCUUAAGCCGAGAGGCAAGUUGGUUCUGUGGAAAAAAAUUUUGCCCCGGGGAGACGUAGCCUCGCAAGGGGGAUUGUGUGCCCCCCUUGGUGGCAAAAUGGGUGUCAAUUGGGGUGGAAGUUUGAGCGGCGCCGUUGGGAUGGCCCCCUUGCCACAGAACAACCCCAUGAAAAAAAACGUGUCUCCAAAAAGUGAACAAAGGAAGGAAGCCAAAAAGAACACCAUUUUUACUAAAUUGAAAAAAACAAAACAGGAAGAAAUUUGCAAAGCUACUUCUUUUUUUAGUGACCAUAUGAGUUAUUACGAUACACAUUUGAAGGAAAAGUACAUGAAUCUGUUUUUAAAUUCGCUCGAGGAAAGUAAUGAGAGCGUCAAGCGGGAAAAUGUGGACCCCCCCCUUGUGGUCAACACUGGGCAUAAUGGCAGAGUAGAAGUUCCCACCCCAAGCGUCACUGACGCGGUUAGUGGGAGGGAGAAAGGGGUUGAGGGGAGACACCCAAUUAUCCUUACCCAAGGGGAACGAGCACAACUUGGGACAGACGCAGAGGCAUCUGUUAGCAGUAAUGCCACCCUGUUCGAGAAAGCCGAGUGCAGUGAUUCCCUUUUGGGGGCAUACCCUAGUGAAGAAGUUAAGGCGGGUUAUCCUGCUUUUAAGGGGCCACCCAAAGGUGGCACGAGGGAAUCGCAGCUACGCGAGGAGGCUGCUUAUGGUGGUGACGUGUGUGCGGACGCUGAUCCCCGAUGGGACCUCCAGCAGGGGGACAUUGGCAUGUAUGGAGAUGGUGACGCGUUGGCCGAAGAACCCGAGGACACGACCUGCGUUGCAGACCAUUUUCAAAGUCAGGAGAAAAAGGCACAUGUCAAUUUGUCCACCUCAUUAAGGGAUACUCCAAGGGGGGAGGCAACCCUUGCGAGAGAUAAAUCCCAACAGGGCAAAACUCCAAUAGAAGAAAAGGUUAGAAAUGGGACAAGGGAAAAAACGAGGGACGGAAAAUCCUCCAGUCGCACAGUGAACAGCCUACACAGUGUGAACACUUUUAACACUUUUAACAUUUUUGAACAAAUGAACAGCACGUCGUUGUAUGCAGGGUUGGGGGGCAGCCAGGGGGAGGAUUCCAUCUCAUCCAUUUUGGAAAACCUGAGAGAGAAGAACAAAAAUGCAAAUGUGAUGAGGAGCAGUUUGCUUGCUUCUGAAGGGGUAGAGGCGGUUGAGAGGAGAAGCAGUGUAGAUGACGAGCGUGCAGUAACCCCCCUGCCGCAAACCAUCUUAGAAGGUAAAGAAGUUAAUGUAGUGGAUAAAGGAAGGAGCGAACUUAAUCGAACAAACUCCACGCAUAAGGGUAAAAUGAAGAAUAUACCAAAGGGAAGAGAAUCCAUUUUACAAUACGAGCAUCUAGACAGCAAUAACAUAACUGUGCAUGCACUGAGUCAGCAUGUGGGUAUGGCAGAAGAAAAAAUUAUUAACGUAAGUAAAUUUAUAUUGGAUAAUGAGCACAUCACAAAAUAUACAAAGCUGGAGAAGGAAGUAGCGGAGCUGAUUUGUGAAGAGUUAGGUGUGAUAAAUAAAUUAAAGUAUAGUGAUGUGAAUUUAAAAAAACGUAACCCCGUUGUGACGAUCCUGGGACAUGUAGACCAUGGGAAAACAACUCUCCUCGAUAGGUUCAGAAAUUCUAACAUGGCUCAGAACGAAAUUGGGGGCAUCACACAAAAGUUAGGUGCAUUUGAAGUUGUGGACAAAGAAACGAAAAGGAAAAUAACUUUUCUCGAUACCCCAGGACACUCCGUUUUUAAAAAAAUUAGACAAAGAUGUGCUCAGUGCACCGACUUGAUUGUGUUAGUAAUUUCUGUAGAUGAUGGGAUCAUGAGUGAAACUGUAGAGUGUAUUCAGCUAGCUAAAAAAUUUAACAUUCCCUUAAUUAUAGCAGCAAAUAAGAUUGAUAAAUUUGGGUCCGACUUGGAAAAAAUCUCCAAAUCAUUAGUAGCAUAUGAUGUGAUAACAGAGUUGGAAGAAAAUGGCAACGUCCCAAUUGUCCCCAUUUCUGCAAAAAAAAAUAUUAACAUUGAUAAGCUGCAAAAGUGUAUUUUACAGUUGAGCGAUUCUUUAAAUCUGAUGUGUGAUUAUGGAAGCCUGUGUUCUGCAUACGUGUUGGAGAAGAAAAUCGAUCCAUCCAGGGGUAAACUUCUUACGCUGGUGUGCAAAUCAGGUACAUUAAAAAUGAACUCCUAUCUUCUAAUCGGACACAUGUACACAAAGGUGAAGCAGAUUUACAAUUGUAAUAAUCAGUUGAUGAGGGAGGCCUACCCUUCCGAGGUGGUCCAAAUAGUUAGCCCCAUUUCACUUGCACACGAUAGCGGCAUAAAUUACGGAGACCUCAUUUUCGAAAUGAGUAACUUGAGGAGCGCCCAGAGAGUCGCCAAGUAUAAGUCGAAGGUGGCGCAGUACAGCCUGAUGAACAGUUACUAUGGGGAUGUUGCGACGAAAAAUAGUGGCGUUGUUGGCGGCGCUGCUGCUGUUGAAGACGCUGCUGGUGGUGGUGCAGGCGGCGGGGUGAUUAGCCUGCCCAAGCUGCCCCAAAUCCAGCUGAUAAUCAAAGCGGGGGAUGAGGGCAGCAUAGAAGCUAUCCUCGAAGGAAUUGCAGAAUACAAAAGGAAAGAAAAAAAAGAAAAAUAUUGCGACAUUAAUAACUUUGUUGAAAGAAAUUAUGUGAAAAAAAAUAAGCUAACAGAUGACAUGAUAGAGGAUGGAAAAAUAUUUGACCAUUGGGAACCAUUUCGAGUUGUGUCGAAAGGAGUAGGCUCUUUUAACAUGAACGAUUUGAAGCACUGCAAUGAUGUGAAGCCCAUAUUUUUAAUUGCCUUCAAUGUGGAGAUAGACAAAAGUGUAGAGCUGAGCAUUGAAGAGAACGGAGCCAUUUUAAGGACCCACAACAUCAUUUACAAAUUAUUUGAAGACCUAGAAAGGAUUUGUAAUUUUUACUUUGAUUCACUACAUGUGUACGAACCCGUUUCCAGGAUGGUUGUUAAUAAGACUGGGUUUUAUACGCUGAAGAAAAAUAAGUCCAAGAGGAAAAGAGUUCUGUCCGUUUCGAUUAAGGAGGGGACAUGCAACGUGAAUCAUUACUUUACUGUUAUGAGGAACAAACAGAUUAUUCACAAGAGGAUAUCUGUCUUGUCCAUGCAGAAGAAUAAGGAUAACACCACGGAGCUGAGUAAGGACUGUCCCGUGAACUCCAUCAUUUUUAACUCCGCGUCGGAGGACUUUGAGGUGGGGGACGAAAUCGUGGCCUACAAGAAGGUGCCCCGUGCGCCGCUCUUCAACCGGGUGAAGAACUUCGACUUGGCCAUGUAG